ACCUCUCAGUCAUGCUGAACAAAGGCUCUCUGGAGGUUUUGGUGUUCACCGGCAGCCACAGUCCGCGACGUGUCAUCAGACGACCUGAGCAAGGAGCACUGAAUGAUGGGAAGGAGCACUCACUGCGCAUAGAGAGGCUGGCUGGCAGGUCCUUUGUGGUUCAGGUUGAUGAGGAGGCGAAGAGGGAGGCAACGCUUCCCAACGACCAACCAGUGACCCUGCAGCAGAUCUUCCUCGGUGGUAUUCCUGCAGAAGUGGAGCAGACGUCCAACAGAGCCAACGUCCCAUUCCAAGGAUGCAUAUGGAACCUCAUGAUCAACGCUGUUCUGUCCGACUUCUCCCUGCCUGUGUCCUUUGUGAAUGCGGAGAUCGGUCAGUGCCCCAACCUCGCCCCGCCACCUCUGCCUCCUCUGCCGGGUGAAGAGGAGCCCGAGAAGGAGAAGGAGGAGUCGACGCCACUUGGUCCUCCACUGACCUCAGACCCUGUUACACCCACUCCGGGGCCUCCUGCUGAGGCCACGCCCCCUGUUCUGCCUGCUACCAUACCUGCUGUUGCUACUGCCCUGCCCCCUAAACAGGACCCCAGCGACGACUUGGACUCGUGUGCAUCAGCUGUGGCCCCGACGGCGCUGGAGAAGGCCUAUCAGUUCGGACUCAGCAGGAAAAGCCACAUGAGCUUCACCUUUGACGAUGCCAAAGUCAGAGAGAGACUUAUUUUAGAGUUUGAGCUGAGGACGAAGGAGGAGUCUGGGCUUGUUCUCUACAUGGCGAGAAUCAACCAUGCCGACUACGUUUCCAUACAGAUCAAGGAUGGACAUGUUUGUCUGGGUUACGAUCUUGGUCACGGGAACAUAUCUGGCUGUGUUCCCUUCUCCAUCAACGACGGGUCCUGGCACAAGAUCCGUUUGAGUCGCCACAAGCAGAGGGGUCUUCUCGUGGUUGAUGGACGAUACAGUAAACAGAUGAUCAGUCCGAAGAAGGCUGACCUGUUGGACGUCGUGGGGACACUGUAUGUCGGUGGGUUACCUCAGAACUACACCACUAAGAGGAUCGGACCGAUUCUCUACAGUAUCAAUGGGUGCAUCCGUAACCUGAAGAUGGUGGGAGGUCCUGUGAGCAUCAAGUCUCCUGCUACAGGACGCACUGAGGGGCCCAUCGAGGACUUUAAACUGGACAUGGCUGCACCCACAUCCAGUCACAUGGUGGGAAGAUGUUUUGUUGCCACAGAGACGGGCACUUACUUUGAAGGCACCGGCUUCCUGAAAGCAGUCUCCUCCUACAGAGUGGGUCUCGAUGUGUCCAUAGCGUUGGAAUUUAGAACCAGCAAAACCAAUGGGGUGCUGUUGGCCGUCAGUAACCAGGGCAACGAUGGACUUGGACUAGAAAUCGUCCAGGGCAAGCUCCUCCUCCAUUUGGACAACGGCGCUGGGCGAAUCACAGCGGAGCACGCGCCAGAGGGAGACGGCUUCUGCGACGGCCAGUGGCACGCCGUCACUGCCAACAAGAUUCGCCACAGGGUGGAGCUGGUGGUCGACGGGAAGCAGAGCCAAGCCGAGAGUCCCAACGUGCGCUCCAACAGCUGCGACACCAACGACCCCAUCUACGUCGGAGGAUAUCCUGACGGUGUUCAUCAGGCAGCGCUCUCGUCCAGCACGUCCUUCAGAGGCUGUAUGAGGAACCUGAAGAUCACCAAGGCCUCUAAAACCAUGGACGUGCACUUCAACAAGGCUCUGGAGCUCAAAGGAGUCCAGCCUCUCUCCUGUCCUGCUGCAGCGGCCUAACUGAAACCAGCGAGCCCCUCCCUCCCUUUGUGGUUAAACUAACACUCCCACAAGGAGCUGUGCAGGUCUGAGGUGUGAAGUUUUUACUGCAACUCGGUCGUUGAAGCUGCAAUGGGCAGAUUGUUCAUCUACAAAUAAUCCCAAAUUAUUUAUCUGUUAUCGAAACAAGCGAAAAGACGGAACGUGCAAAAAGUGAGUUGAGCAUCACUGUGGAAGUUCAGAACUAGUAUUAAAUGUUUUAACACAUCUACAGGCUCAUUUAUGUUCAACAUUAGAUAUGGAAACAGAUGCAGUUUACCAGGUUCGUUGAUUUGGACAAAACAGAUCAGUGCCACCGGAAACCAUGAGGGGGCAGUGUAGCCAAUCGUUAAAGCGAGAUGAUUAAUAUCAUAACAAGGGCAGAACUUUUUAAAGAGACAUCUAUGUGAUGUUCAGACACAGGGACAAAAGGUUUUGCCUCUUCUAUCACAACCUCCUCCAACAGAAGUUCUAGACUCUGUACUGCCCUGUUAAGAAAGAUGCAUUAAAUGUCCAAAAUCUGUUAAAUCUGCCCAGUGUGGUUUUCAUAGAGCGAAAACUAAAAAAACUGCUUGAAAUUCACCCUCACAUGUUCAGUAUGAGACCCUGACAUUUUGUACAGUGCAAGACUGGACAAUAAAUCCACGAUGACUUCAAACUAAGGUCUCACAGUGUUUUAAAAGGUUUUCCAGUUCGUCUGAUGUGAGCAAAGCUCUGACACGUGCUUCAAUACAAUGAUUCUGUCGUGGGAUGUGUUGAUCAUGUGAACAGGACACGUGGAGUCUUCUGUUUUAGAUCUUUUUAUGUUUUCCCUGCAUUUGUCCUCCAUAAACCUUGUUUCCCUUUUUUAUCUAGAUAACACAGAGAUGUCAUAACCUUCUCACCCUUAUGUCUACAAAACCAUUCAGGAAGUUUACACUGGGCUCUUUUAGACUCUACUGCAAAUCUUAAGUUUUAAAUGUCAUUUAAUUACUCAGUUAUCCAAGCAAUCACAUGCAGAACGUAUUGAAACUAGAAAAGAUUUCAGUCUAGGGUUGAUGUUCGUGGAAAUCUGUUUAGUAUUUUUAGCAUUAUCCUCACGACAAACAAAAAAAUCAGGUUUACAGGGGUGAAACCAAAACCUCAUGGGCGGAGGUGAGACUCUGACUUAAAUACAAGUUGUAAAGUUGUGGUAGAAACUAUGACCAGAUAACAGCUGCAUUAACAAACUGGCUUUACUGAUGUUUCCUCUGACAUGACGGUGAGAAGAAGUUAAAUAUUUUAAAGGCGUAAACUUUCCUCAACAUUCCACAACCAUCAAUAGAUUUGAUGCACAAUGGGCAGCUUGUGUUUCUCCUCAGUGAAAGUGAAGGAACAAGGUUUCUGCAGGACGCUACUUCUGCAUGGUGUGGCUGAAAACACGUUCAGCAGCUGUUUGUGAAAUAUAUUCUUGAUAGCAUCA